GUAUUAGUAGUUCAGUAGUAUUUGCAAUAAUCUUAUUAGUAUUUAUUGUGAAAUUGCUUAUACUUUUCGCACGCUCUUGUUUCGCACCUGAGCAUGUCUCUAGCUUCUUCUAUCACCACUGCUCCUCAUAUUAACAACUGGUGGUUGCAGUUACAGGCGAUGAAAUGGCCACAAUCACUGCCACACAGCGUGUGGUGAAUAAUCAUCUGACCAAUUUCAAUUAUCAUCAUUUGUCAAGUGUAAUUAAAUACUUGAAUAAUCAGCAACAAACUCCACAACAACCACAACAGCCGAAAACAUGGACAACAACCAAUGCAUUGUCAAUAUCACAAAGAUAUUUUGAGAAGAUUGCCCCAGCAUCUGUUGGCAUUCCUGCAUUAAUGAAUCAAAACUUUUAUGAUAUGCAGGAUUCUGGUUCAGAUGCAUCUGGUCACGACGGCUAUGGAAGACAUAGAAGACAUAAUAGGGACAAGGAACCUAUAUUUCAAUGUCCUGAUUGUGACAAAAGAUAUCGCUCUAAAACAAGCUUAAGUCUACACAAACGUCUUGAGUGUGGAAAAGAACCAGCCUUCCAGUGUCCAUACUGCCCGCUCAAAACACAUCAGAAAGGUAACCUGCAAGUGCAUAUAAAAAAGAAACACAACGAUCACGGAGAACUUAAUAGGACUUAUUGAAUAAUUUAGUUAAACUACAUUGGUCAGAUAACAUUUAAAGAGAUGAUAGUGCCAUCCCCCUGGGUCAGAACUUAUAAUUUAACAGAAUUACAUAAAAUAAAUUCAAGUCUGGUUCUAAACCUCAUUUGUAUAAACCAUAAUUCUUAACUUUUAUUAUUUUUUACUUUGUUAAUUAAUUUAGAUUAAUUUUUAAAUUUUUGAUCAAUAAAAACAAUUUCAAUUUAAUAAAAAAAUAACUUAAAAACAUCAGUAGAUUUAUUUUUCUUGGAUAAAAAGUUAUUAAAUCUCAUUUUAAUUUCAAAACUCAUCUUUUAUUCCAUAUACUGGAACAUCAUGAAAACAGGGUGUUUUUUUUCAUAUUUACAUAUGCUCCUCAGUAGAUAACUUAAUUUAUUUAAAUUUAGAUUUCUGAAUCUUGAAUAAUUAAUUAUAUCAAUUUAUGUAUACGGUAUUAUAUAAUGUAAGUGACUGAUGUUCUGUUCUUAACAAAAAUGUGUUACUACACAGAACACAAAAUAUUUUAACUUGACCUGUAAUAAAAUAGCUAGGCCCCAUCUGUAACUAAAAUAAUUUAUCCAAAUCAAAUCAUAUGUAUAUAAUAUAUUUUAAAAACAAAUUACAAAAUAUGUAUUCUUUUAAUAUAAGAGUAUUUACACUCUUGAUAAUAAUUUAUUUUAUGGACCAAAAUGUCUGCAUAUCCGAGUUUCCAUACAACAAAAUAAAAUAUGUGACCAUUUAAUAUUUUUGUGGGUUACAUAAUUAAUGACACAUAGGUACCUCCAUGCCGUCCAUGUAAUCAUGUAUUAUAAUUUAGUUCAUACCAAAGUUUUUUUUAAUUAUAAAUGAUAUAUUUAUCAUUAAGCUAAUUUUUUCUUUAUGACUGUAGUAUUUUGUUAUAAUAUUAUAAUACAUGUUUAAAAAUAGUUUAUAAUAAGCCAUUAAUUUUACCAAAGUUACCUAUCUCAUACUAAGAUAUUUAUAUUACAAAAAAAUUUACAAAAAUGUGCCUUACACUUGGCUGCACGUGAAUUACUGUUGUAAUUGAUAUUCCCCGGUUUUUAACACUUUCAUUUCUAUGAGGCUCAUAGUGGGUGGUAAUAUUAUCUCUUUAAAUGCUGUAAUAGAAUAAAACACAUAAACAUUACUUUCCAAAGAAUAUAAAAAUUAUAAUUUUUUCAUUUUAAAAAUGCAAUGUUGCUCUCUCGACUUAAGAUCUCCAAAGAUAUAUAUAUUUGUAUGAAAAUAUAUAUAUUAUUAAAUAUUAUAUAAAAAAUUUAUAAAAGUUUAAUUAUUAGCAAUAAGAAACAAACUGUCUGAAUGUAAAGUCUAUAUAAAAAAAAAAUCUACCUCAUAUUACUACGAGUAGUUAAUCCGUUAAUGAGUGCAAUUUUUCCUAUUUUAUAAAAUGUAACUAUGUAUAAAAAAAAGUUAUACGUCUUGUUCCUAGUUACUUUUUUAAUAUUUAUUUACAUAUUCAUCUAUAGAUAUAUAUAUAUAUAUAAAUUAACAUAUUAUUAUUACUAUUAUUAUUUUUUUUGUAAUUUUAUUUUUUGUAGUACAUCUGUCUACCUCAUUAAUAGCUUUAAAAACAAAAUGUACAAACAAUAUUACUGUUCUUUUUUUUUUUUUUUUUUUUUACUAUUAUUUAUUAUUAUUUUUACAUCACUUAUUGCAUUAGAUAUUAAGCCAUCAAGACUAAACCAACACUUGAAGUACAAAUUUGCGAUUGCAGGAAUUUAUUCAAAUUAAUAAUUUUAAUGUAUUUUGUAGGGUAUAAUAUUCAUCUAGUUAGUUUAAACAGGGGUUCUUUUUCGUGUAGCUACACAUUAUUUUACUAGACUUGCCUAUAUGAUUUAGAACCUUGCAUAAGUUUUAUUUUUCCGGUGGUAAUAUUGUUCCUAAUACCAAGAAUAUUUGUUAUAUAAUUCCUACUAUAGAGGAAAUGGGAGGUAAUAAUCUAGAAACAAUAUUAUGAUAUUAUGUUUGCUUAUUAAAAUAAACACUAGAUAGAAUUGUGUGCGCAGUGUCAUUCUCAAAGCAAUAUAUUUGUAACUUAGUUGGACAUGAGACUUAGACAAAAGGCAAUAACUUUAUGUAGCAAAUAAUUUUAAUAUCUAAGCCCAUUCAACAAAUUUGUGUUAGAAUUAUUGAACCCCAUAUUAUUGGUUUUUUUUUCUUUUAAAAAAAUCGCAAUCAUUGAAGGUACAACAUUUAAUUUAAUAAUAAUCAACUUAAAGUACAAACAAAUUCUAAAUAAUUAAUAUGGUUCAACCACAAUAUUGUUAUGUAUAAUAUGUAUAUAAUGUAAAUGGAUAAAUUCUUAAAAUGUUUUAAUUUUUUUUUUCUUCUUUUUUUACUUUAUUUUGUAAUAACGAAAUCUAUACCACCCACCUCAGUACAUAAGAUCAUAAGAUAACAUUUAAUUUUAAUUUUUUUUUUUUCUACAUAGUUCCUAUUUUUUAGACAAACUAUGCAUUUUACCUUUUUAUAUUUUUAUUUUUAUCAUACAAAUAGUGUUCAUUUUAGUAGAGAAUUAUUAUUUUCAAACAUCUUCAAAUAUGUAAAUCUUCAUGUACCUGAUGUUUUGCAUUUAAUUAAUAGGUUACUAGCACUCACAAUGUUUCCAAAGGUGUUUUCCUUCCAAUUAUAAUAUUAUGUACAACAAUUUUAUGUGUAAGCAUAAAUACUUGCAAUAAGUGUUUUUUGUAUG